GGUGUCGUUGGUGCUAUGAGAGUUUUUAUAGUGGUUUUGAGUGUGCUGACCGUGGCGGUUGCCAGCCAGUGUCCUUAUUCGUCGAUGGAACCGUUGUCAAGGUCUAAACGGAAUGCUUUUGACGUGCGUCCAGGGGUCAGUGACGGAAGUUUGGAUGCCUUGAUCAAGGAUUUUAUGCCCAAGUACAAUUCAAACAAUGUGCAUAACAGUUGGGCUGAGCCUUCUGGACCCCAUCAGACCUUACGGUGUGGGAUUCCGCCUCGCAAUUGCCUUAAUGAUACCAGAAACUUGCAGUACCGGAGUUUAGAUGGAUCCUGUAAUAACUUGCAGUAUCCGGAGUUUGGAAUUGCUGUUUCACGGUACCAAAGGCUUUUACCUCCUCGGCAAGUGGAACAGGCUCCGAAUGCUCGUUUGAUAUCCUUGUCACUGUACGGCGAACAAACGAAGAACGAUAGAUUCCGCACCAUGGCGGCCAUGCAAUGGGGACAGUUUGUGGCCCACGACAUUAGCCAAUUGAGCACACGGGGAGCUCCUCUGGAUUGCUGUGCAGAACCACGUCACCCUCGUUGUUUGGCCAUCAAUUUGCCACGCGGAGGACCCAUUGCCUAUCAUACCGGUAAGACCUGUCUGCACUUUGCCCGCAGUGUGUCCGAAGCUGAUGCCAUUUGCCCGAAAAGUGGAGCACCUUAUCCUGAGAAGCUGACAGUGGCAACUGCCUACCUGGACCUUUCCUCUGUCUAUGGAAACAAUCCCUUGCAAAACAGCAGAGUACGCCUGUUUAAGGGAGGUCUUUUAAAGACAAGCUACACGAACGGCCAGCAUUGGCUACCGGUUAGCCAAAAUGAGGCGGGCGAGUGCGGUGCUAAGAGCGAGUGCUACAUCUUGCCGGAUAUUAGGAACCGUUUCUCGCCCACCAUCGCCCUUCUGCAGACUCUAUUGGUUAGGGAGCAUAAUCGACUUGCUGAGAACUUAGCAUUGAUUAAUCCCGAUCACGACGAUGAGCGCAUCUUCCAGGAGGCGCGCAAGAUCAACAUCGCCCAGUUCCAGAAGAUAACCUACUACGACUGGCUACCGCUUUUUGUGGGUCGCUCUUACACAUAUCUCAAUGGUCUGAUAUAUCCUGUGGAGCCAACGGAGUACGUCAACGACUACGAUGAGACAAUCAAUCCUGCUGCUUAUGCGGAGUUUUCUGCUGCUGCCUUACGAUAUGCCCAUACUCAGAUCCCUGGAUGGUUCUCGCUGGUUGCCCCCAAUCGAAGCUCUAACCAGACACUGCGCCUGAGUGACUACCUUGAUCGAUCGGAAAUCAUCCGUCUUCUUGACACGUCCGACAAUUUUGAUGCUUUGUUAAGGGGCUUGGCCACUCAGCUGCACAAGCGAUCGGAUGGAAAUAUUGAUCGAGAGAUUAAGCACUACUUCAACCGCAAGGAGUUCGAGGAGUAUGGUUCGGAUCUUAAGUCCAUAGAUAUUCAGAGAGCCAGAGACUUCGGCUUGGCCUCAUACAAUGAUGUCCGAGAGUUUUGCGGCCUGCGACGAGCUGUGGAUUGGGCCGAUUUCGCUCAUGAGAUUCCGGGAGAGAAAAUUUCGCUGCUGCGCCGAUUGUACGCCACUCCCGAUGAUGUGGAGCUGAGUGUGGGUGGCACCCUGGAGUACCAUGUCCCAGAUUCUCUAUUUGGACCAACUCUUUUGUGUGUGGUGGGAAAACAGUUCCUGAAUACAAGACGCGGCGAUAGAUUCUUCUUUGAGCGGGAGAGCGCAGGAGGUUUUUCACGCGCUCAACUGGCGGAGAUCCGUAAAGUGAGCCUUUCCAGUUUGUUCUGCAGCAACGCCAACUACCUGCAUUUAGUUCAGCCAAAUGUAUUUGUUUUCCCAAAUGCACAUAACUUACUACUCAACUGCAAUUUUAUCCCGCAAAUUGAUCUUAGCAAGUGGCAGGAUCUCAGGCCUCAACUUGUACACUAAUGUUAUUACUUGUAAAUGUGUCUAAAACAUAUUGGAACGCUCAAUUUGUUCUUUCAGAUACACAAAUUUUUUAUAAAUUUAAUUUCAUAGAAAUUUCCAUCAACUAUUUUACACAAAAAAAUA